AUGGAUGAGGCAAGAAUCGGAGCCGUAUCGAUCGAUUGCCCUUCGGAAGUCCUUAUGGAAAUGGGAAGCUACACACAGCCUCGAAUACGUCGUAAACUUUCACCACCGUCAAGACCGACAGACAAGAAGGGAACUGCUCAGGCUUUCAAUUUAGCCAGAAAGCUUCUCGCUAAAGAGAAGACAGCCUAUAAAUUCCUAAUUGUCAUUUCUGAUGGUGAAAGAACCACAUGUACAAGGAACAAACCGAGCGAUGAUGAAAUCGACAUCGCAGAAAAACUUCGAAGAAUGGGCGUAACUAUUUUCUAUACAGCCAUCGGAGCAAAUCCUAACAAGUACAGAAUUAAGAGGAUCACCGGUGAUGACUCGCUGAUUUCUAGUCUGGACGGUUUGCGUGUAAGUUGA